CUGGCGGUGUUUUUGUGCUACCCCUCCCGGGGGGCGGGGGGGCCAGCCUCCUGCUCUGUCUGCCGGGUCGGGGUGGGGUGGGGUGGGAUGCCCGUCUCCGAGCGCAGCUCUCCGAAGCCCUUGGCCACCGAGCAACAGCUGCCUCCGCCGCCGCAGCAGCCCAACUCCAAGGGCGGCAGCAGCGACUUCCAUGUGAUCAUCGGCAACGGCCCUCAUCUCACUCCAUCCGACCUCGAAGCGACCACGCAGAGUCACGCGUCGUCCGGCCCGGAGUACGUGAAGGCGCCGGCGCCAGCCAGCUACAGCACCGCCUUCGAGCAGCCGGCGCUGAUCCGUUCGCCCCACGCCUACUUCGACGGACCGUGGCGCCAGAUCAGCGUGCAGUUCUGUGACGACUUACUGCCAUCUGACCGCCUCCCGGAGUGCCACAUCGGCUGCCUGGUGCACGGCUUCUGGGCGCACCACUACUCCUGGCAGUGCGACGACAUCCGCAAGCAGCGCAACAGCUACGUGGAAUUCCGUCGCAGCCGCCUGCUGGUGAAGCAGCGUCAGCGCGAGCUGCAGGGCUAGCUGUGCACCCGUUCACGAAGUGACGGCGUGGUGGUGGUUGGUCACGAAGUGACUGGCUGGUGGUGAGGGCGUGUGAAGUGAUCACGAAGUGACUGAUUUCUGGUCUUUGAUAGUCACUAAGUGACGGGAUUGAUUGUUUACUGAGAAGCAUUUCGCGGGCGAAGCCCGCUGUGCUGAAGGCGCUGCAUUGAUUCAAGCGACUCCAUUCUGAGACCCCAACGUGCUCGAAGAGCACUGACCGUCACGCACGGUGUAAGCCCUGGUGAAU